CAAAGAUGGACGAUCCCCUACCCAUCCCGGGAACCGUCCAACAGGUGGAUUUAGACCACAGCCUGUACCUGAACAAUAAAGAGCAAGAGGAUAUUGUCCUGAUUCCUCGUCCAAGCUCCCAUCUUGAUGACCCUCUCAAUUGGUCGCGCUACCGGAAAAUCCUGAACAGCACGUGCCAAAUGGCCUGGUGCUUCUUCGCUGCCGCCCUCAUCAGUGGUUUAUCAUCAUCCUACCUCCUGAUAUCCGAAGAUACAGGUAUCUCUGUGGCGGAUCUCAGCACGGGAAACGGCCUCAUGUAUCUCUUCAUGGGCUGGGGUACCUUGUUGACCCAAAACCUUGCACAGGACUUUGGUCGUCGCCCGGUCCUGCUGGUUGGCAUGCUUGUGUCAUCGCUGCUGCAGGUCUGGUCUGCGUAUAUGAAGUCCGAAGCCUUGAUCGAGCUUUGCAUUGCGGAUAUCCACUUUGCCCAUGACCGAGGCUUCCACAUGGGUGUUUAUAACUGGACGUUGUGGUGCGGUGCUUUCCUGUCACCUAUCGCUGGUGGCUUUGUCGCUGAGGCUAUGGGCUGGAGAUGGAUCCAGUACAUCCUGGCCAUUAUAUGUCUCUGCUUCACAGUCGCAACGUUCUUCGGCUUUGAAGAGACGAUGUUCUUCCGCCAAGUGAAUAUUCAGGAACCGAUGUUUUCCACGCCGAAAGACACUGUCGCUCUUGAGGCCUCACAUUGUACUGACGGGGAAAUGGUCUCCGAAUCCAAAGAGCCAGAGAGUCCCGGUGUUACUCCUGUGGUUGCCGAAGAGACUUACAAAAUUAAAACAUACGCCCAAAAGCUGAAGCUGUGGGGAUUAAGACAUCCUUCUCAACCAUUCAACUUUUUUCGGUCAAUCUUCCUUUCCUUCCGACUUCUAUGCUUCCCCACCGUCAUAUUUUCCGGUCUUCUAGUGGGCAGUAUUCUCGCCUGGAGGCUCCUUAGCGGAAGUGCUGGGCGGUUCCCCUAUAACUUUACGACACAGGAGAUUGGUCUUACCUACUUCGCCAGUGUGAUAGGUGUUUCGAUUGGAUGCUACUUCAGCGGCUGGCUCAGCGAUAUCCUUGCGAUUAAACUAGCCAGAAGAAGACAAGGUAUCAAGGAGCCCGAAGACCGUCUCUGGAUGUUUUUGAUUCCCCUCGUCGCUCAUCCUCUCGGCUGCGUUCUUUAUGGCGUUGGGGCAAGUCAUCACAUUCCCUGGAUUGGAGUUGUCAUCGGAAUUGCCUUGAUCUGCAUCACCCUUCCCAUGGGAUCUGGUCUAGCCAUCACCUACAUUAUCGACAGUCAGAAGGAACUCGCGGGAGAGUCAAUUGUGACUGUUAUAUUGAUUCGCAACACAAUUGGUUUCGCAUUUGCAUACGCGGUCAAUCCAAUGAUCGUGAGCAUGGGCCUGCAGAAUACCUUUAUUCUGAUCGCCGUGUUGGGAGUGAUUGUCUGGAGUGCUUGCUUGUUGUGGAUUAAAAUUGGAAAGGCGGCCCGUAGAUCCAUUGCCAAAUCCUACUGGAAUCUGUUGCGCAUUAAUUCUCAUCCAGAUGAGACGAUCUUCAUUCAAUCUAGAAACCGUGAACAUUCCAUCACGGUUCAUAUCUACCGACCCCCUGUUACCGAGGCAUUGCAAACGCCCUCUCCCGUUCUUCUCAACUUCCAUGGAAGUGGAUUUGUGGUUCCUGCCCACGGCAGCGACGAUGAAUUCUGUCGUCAAAUGAGUCAAAAGACAGGUUAUAUUGUCCUAGACGUGGAAUAUCGUCUUGCUCCCGAGAACCCCUUCCCAGCAGCAUUAAACGACACCGAAGACGCCAUCAACUGGGUUCUGGGGCAACCGACAAAAUUCGACAUUUCCAAAGUCGCCAUCUCCGGCUUUAGUGCAGGUGGAAAUCUUGCAUUGGCUCUUUCCUCUUGCAUUUUUCCUCCGGAAACGUUUUCUUCUGUGGUAGCCUUUUAUCCGACAGUCGAGGUCUUUGUUGAUCCCAGUGCCGUAGCUGCACCUGAUCCAAAUGGUCAGCCUUUUCCGACAUUUGUGCUGCGGCUUUUUGCUAGGUGCUAUAUGCUAGAUGGGCACGAUCCAAAAGACCCCCGCAUCUCGCCUGCUUAUGCCGACUUUGAUCGUUUCCCUCGCCGGGUUUUGAUCGUGACGGCCGCCUAUGACAGUCUAGCGGUGGAGGCGGAAAAUUUAGCAGCUCGGCUGAGGGAAAACUCGGGUCGUAUCGUUAUUUCUGAGCGGAUGGAAAGGUGCAACCAUGGCUGGGAUAAGAUGGCUAAAGAAGGGACGUUUGAAUGGGAAGCGAAAGAACGGGCUUAUAAGCUAGCCGUGGAUAUGUUGAAGUGCGCUUGA